UCUGGGCACCGUUCUAGCUCAGGUCCAAGGGGGAGCUGAGAGGGUCAUAGCCUUCGCCAGCAGAGGUUUGAGCCCAGCAGAGACAAGGUAUCCUGCACACAAACUCGAGUUCCUUGCUCUCAAAUGGGCGGUUACAGACAAAUUCUAUGACCACCUCUAUGGGCGUAGGUUCUCUGUCCAGACAGACAAUAACCCUCUCAAGUAUGUUAUGUCCUCAGCAAAGCUGGAUGCUACAGGCCAGCGGUGGGUGUCCAGGCUGGCUGCUUUCGAUUUCGAUGUCCAGUAUCGGAGGGGACAGAGCAACACAAACGCUGAUGCCCUCUCUCGCAUGUCUAACCAGGAGGUCAUGCACAUCCUACAGACAUGCCCUCAGUGGGUGGGUGUCGACGAACAGGGGCAUGGUGUGAGACAGGCUACCCAGGAUACUCAAAGCCUCACUGGCCAUGGCACGUCUGCAGGGGAGGAAGUUGAACUUGGCCCUCCCACAUCCACUGAGCCUUACAGGGAUGUGGGGAUGGAAUCCCUGCCCACCAUGACCAAACAGGAGAUCCGUGCAGGGCAGAAGAAAGAUCUUGUUAUUGGUCCUGUCUUGCACUAUAAGAGUAUGAACCAGAAACCAAGCCGCAGUGAGCGAAUGAGUGGUGAAGGGCACAUGCGCCUUCUCUUAAAGGAGUGGAGAAGGUUAGUGGUAAGGGAUGGCAUCCUGUACCGCUGCAUCCAAGAGAGCCAAAGAGGAGUAGUUGAGCAAUUGGUGCUACCAGAGGAUUUGCGUAUAUCAGUGAAGACUGCUCUCCACGAUGACUCAGGCCACCUUGGUUUUGAGAGGACAUUGCACAUGAUAAGGGAGAGAUUUUAUUGGCCACGGAUGUUUCAGGAAAUCAAGGCUUGGUGCGAGCAAUGUGAGAGGUGCUGCCUUAGAAAAACUCCAACCGCAGGGGUCAGGGCCCCCUGGUCAGUAUCCACAGCAGUGCCCCCUUGGAGCUAGUUUGUGUGGAUUUUUUGACUCUGGAGAAAUCAAAAGGUGGUAUCGAAAAUGUCCUCGUUGUCACGGACCAUUUCUCACGCUAUGCGCAAGCAUACCCCACUAAAGACCAAAGAGCCAGCACAGUGGCUAAGGUGCUGUAUAGAAACUUUUUCUGUCGGUUUGGCUUCCCAGCAAAAUUGCAUGCAGACCAAGGGCGCAAUUUUGAAAGUGCUGUGGUGAAGGAGCUUUGUAAAUGCACCGGCAUCACUAAGACCCACACCACGCCCUACCACCCACAGGGCAACGGGACAACUGAACGGUUUAACCGCACCCUCAUGAACAUGCUGGGGACGCUAGAACCUCACCUGAAGCCCCGGUGGCACGAAUAUGUGGAUGCAAUGACACACGCCUAUAACUGCACCCGCCAUGAUUCGACAGGGUACACACCAUAUUACUUGAUGUUUGGCAGGCAUCCCCGGCUCCCGGUCCACUUGGUCUUUGGGCUGUCAACCACUAAUGGGUCGGGUGGAUAUAGCGAGUAUGUCCAGACCCUGCAUGACUGCCUGUCGCAGGCUUAUGCACAGGCUAAUCAGGCCUCCCGCCAGGCUAAGGGUCACCAGAAAAGAUACUAUGACCGGCAAGCAAAGAGUCAAAGCUUCAGCCCGGGUGACAGAGUCCUUGUUAAAGUGUGUCAUGUGGAGGGGCGAAGCAAACUAGGAGACAAGUGGGAGUCACGUCCAUACAUUGUGGUGAAGAAACAGCCAGACAUGCCGGUGUAUGUGGUGCGAUCGGAAAAUGGUGAUACGGAGAGAGUGGUCCACCGCAACUUACUCACACAGUGUAUGUUUCUUCCCGUGGAGCAGGUGGGAGAGGAGACAAGGGAGGAAAUGGAGCUCGACAUGGAGGAGAGUUGGGAGAUUGAGGACAUAGAGGACAGUGGAGAGCAGGCUGGUGAAGUGAUCAGACAGGAGGAAGAGUCUGACACAAUCGAGGACGGGGAGGCUGAUAGCCUGGAAGGAGGUGUGGAGGGAGUUUCACCUGAAACAGCAUUUGGAUCACUUGCCCCCACAGGACCAGAGGAAAGGGACACAGGGGCGGGACAAGAGAGUGAAGAAUGGAGGGGGAAUGAAACUGCCAGGGUCACCCACUCACCUCCCAGACCAAGUGAACCAAGGAGGAACUUGCCGAGGAGUCGGCAUCCCCCAAACAGACUGACUUAUGGGUCAAGAGUUAUUGAACCAGGGGAGGAUCAGAAGAAGAUAGAAAGGGGAUGGAAGCUGUGGCAGAGGGCAAAAGCAAGGAGGGCUGCAGGAAACACGUAGGAUGACACAGCCAGUGUACCCAUACUAAUAGGAUACACACAUAGACAUUUUCGCAUUACACUGCACAUCUUCCCACACUGUUAUUCUUUUGUACAUAGUGAGAGUGUUCUGUUUUAUUUUGUUUUGUUUGAUGACUGGGACGCCAUCACGUAAAGGAGGGGCGGAUGUAAGGCAGUGACUGGAAUAAGUCACAAGGUGUCGCUGUUGAGCUGCAUAUGUAUGGUAGAUUUUAGCAAUUUUGGCCAUUUGUCCUCUGCAGGACACCGUAGUUCAGGUUUCUCGUUCGCGCGGGCGCCAUCUUGGUUCAGUGUUUACUGUGAUUUGCAAAGGGCCAGCAGCAGAGUUGGAGUGGUGUUUGCCCCAGCAUUUGAAUAAACGGCGCGGUCCGAGCCACAAAUUGAACGCCUGUGUCCGACUGGUCUCUCUACUGUGCACCCCAAUCCAACACAAAAUUACACAACGCAGA